AUGUUGCCUUGGCGCAGGCUUUGCCUGCGGCGGGAGAUGGACCCGUCCUACCUCCUGACCACCGGCCAAUCGUUUAGCUGGGCGUCAGUGGGCGACGACCUUUGGGUCGGCGUGAUAGACGAUGCGGUGCUUGAGUUGCGCAAGGCGGGGGAGGAAGUCGAAUUCAGAUCGGUCUUCGGCAGCUGCGGGGAGAAACGCAUCCGCAGUUACUUCGAUCUCGACUACGAUUACACGUUAAACAGAGAGAACGCUCCCGCCAGCGUUCUGCGCGUGGUGGAUCGGCGGCCUGGCGUGCGAAUUUUGCAGCAGGAGCCGCUGGAGACGCUCAUCAGCUUCAUAUGUUCCGCCAAUAACAACAUCAAGCGCAUAACUCAGCUGUGCUUCGCUCUACGCGAAAAGUACGGGACGUUCUUGGGCGAGAAAUCGUAUGCCGACACGCACAUACGGUUUCAUGCAUUCCCUAACUUGCGCCAACUCUCCUCGGCGUCCCCCGAGGAGCUGCGUGGCUUAGGACUGGGGUACCGCGCCGACUACGUUUUCAGGACAGUUACAGCGUUACGUGAGAGCGGCAUUGACAGCCUAUUGCGUCUGCGCGACCUGCCGACGGAGGAAGCGCGAGCGGAGCUGGUUCGAUAUCGCGGCGUGGGGAGGAAGGUGGCGGACUGUGUGCUGCUUUUCGGCAUCGGCAAGCGCGAGGUGGUACCAGUGGACGUGCACAUAAAACGUAUUGCAAAGGCGCACUUCGGCAUCAAGGAAAGUGGCGCUUCGAGCUACGAAGCCGUGCAGACUGCAUUCUCGUCCAUCUGCCCCGAGAAUGCAGGCUGGCUACAGGCGGUUCUCUUCAUCGACUCCGUCCUGUGGGGGACGCGCCAAACCUGA